UGGAGGGUUCUGGGGUGCUGCUUUGAGUGAGGAACUCUAGGGGCAUGGCUUGGGUGGAGGUGCCCAGAGUCUGGCGGGCUGCUGGGGGCGUGGCUUGGAGCGAGGCACCCGGAGCCGAGCUUUGCGGAGUAAGGCGGUGGGAGGGGACCCUGCCGAUUGGAGGCGGGUCGAGAGGGUACAGGAGUCCUGUCCUCAGACCCUUCCAUACUCCAGUUCCGGAUAAGCGAGUACGCGCCGCUGAACAUGGUAGGAGCGGAGCAGCCCCCGAGCCCCGAGCUGCGGCCGGAAGGUGUGGCCGAAUAUGAAGAUGGCGAGGGCCCGGCAGGAGGUGGCGAUGCAGGCACCCAACAGCCGGCGGACCUCCCCCAGGAUCCUCCAGAAGAGCCCCCCCAGGAUCCCCCAGAGGAUGAUGGCACCUGUCAGUGCCAGGAGUGUGGACCUCAGCAAAGCGCGGGUCCAGAUCCUGCUAGUUCCUCCAAUGAUGACUGCCCGCAACUGUUCCAAGAGCGGUCAGUCAUAGUGGAGAACUCCUCAGGCCAGAAGUCCUGCACCAGCGCUUCUGAGCUUCUCAAACCCAUGAAGAAGAGGAAGCGCAGGGAGUACCACAGCCCAUCAGAGGAGGAGUCAGAGCCCGAGGCCUUGGAGAAGCAAGAAGAAGGAAAGGAUCCAGAGGGACAACCCACCGCUAGCACCCCGGAAAGUGAGGAGUGGAGCACCAGCCAGCCUGAACCGAAUUCAUUGUAUUCACCAUCGUAUCCCUGGUGCUUAGCUCAGCGACCGGUGUUGAGUAGACUCUCCAUCCGUGUUUGCUCGUACCCGAACGCAUGGGCUGUGUGCGGUGAUUCCUCUCGGACCGUGGCUCGGUUGCAUGAGCUGUCAUCUUUCUUGUCUCAGAGAGAGCCAGAGGCAUCAGGGGAGAAGAAGGAAGGCUGGUCAUGGGAGUCCUACCUCGAGGAGCAGAAGGCUGUCACUGCCCCUGUCAGCCUCUUCCAGGACUACCAGGCAGUCACUCAUACUAAGAAUGGCUUCAGACCGGGCAUGAAGUUGGAAGGCAUCGACCCUCAACACCCGUCCAUGUACUUCGUCCUCACCGUGGCCGAGGUGUGUGGCUACCGCCUACGUCUGCAUUUUGAUGGGUAUUCCGAGUGCCAUGACUUCUGGAUCAAUGCCAACUCCCCUGACAUUCACCCCGCUGGCUGGUUUGAGAAGACUGGGCACAAGCUGCAGCCCCCCAAAGGUUACAAGGAGGAGGAGUUCAGCUGGAGCCCGUACCUGCGCAGCACACGAGCCCAGGCUGCCCCCAAGCACCUGUUCGUGAGCCAGAGCCACAGCCCUCCACCCCUGGGCUUCCAGGUGGGCAUGAAGCUGGAGGCGGUGGACCGCAUGAACCCGUCCCUCGUCUGCGUGGCCAGCGUGACCGACGUGGUGGACAGCCGCUUCCUAGUACACUUUGACAACUGGGAUGAUACUUACGACUACUGGUGUGACCCCAGCAGCCCCUACAUCCACCCGGUGGGCUGGUGCCAGAAGCAAGGAAAGCCCCUCACCCCCCCACAAGACUACCCAGACCCUGAUAGCUUCUGUUGGGAGAAAUAUCUGGAAGAAACCGGGGCUUCUGCUGUGCCCACCUGGGCCUUCAAGGUGCGGCCCCCACACGGCUUCCUGGUCAACAUGAAACUGGAGGCCGUGGACCGCAGGAACCCAGCCCUGGUGCGCGUGGCCAGCGUGGAGGAUGUGGAGGACCAUCGGAUAAAGCUCCACUUUGAUGGCUGGAGUCAUGCCUAUGACUUCUGGAUUGACGCCGACCACCCGGACAUCCACCCCGCCGGCUGGUGCUCCAAGACAGGGCAUCCCCUGCAGCCUCCUCUCCGACCCAGAGAGCCCAGCUCUGCCUCUCCUGGGGGCUGUCCCCCGCUCAGCUAUCGCAGCCUGCCACACACUAGGACAUCCAAGUACAGCUUUCACCACCGGAAGUGCCCCACUCCUGGUUGUGAUGGUUCUGGCCACGUCACAGGCAAGUUCACAGCUCACCAUUGCCUCUCGGGCUGUCCACUGGCUGAGAGGAACCAAAGUCGGCUGAAGGCGGAAUUAUCUGACACCGAGGCCUCGGCCCGUAAGAGGAACCUCUCGGGCUUCUCCCUAAGGAAGAAGCCUCGCCAUCAUGGCCGGAUUGGACGCCCUCCAAAGUAUCGGAAGAUCCCACAGGAAGAUUUCCCGAGACUAGCCACCGACGCCAUGCACCAGUCCCUCUUCAUGUCAGCCCUGUCGGCCCACCCUGACCGCUCGCUCUCCGUGUGCUGGGAGCAGCACUGCAAGCUCCUGCCAGGAGUGGCGGGCAUCUCGGCCUCGACAGUUGCCAAGUGGACCAUUGAUGAGGUCUUCAGCUUCGUUCAGACCCUGACCGGCUGUGAGGACCAGGCACGACUCUUCAAAGAUGAGGCGGACAUUGUGAAGAUCAUGAACGUCAAGCUGGGUCCGGCCUUGAAGAUCUAUAACGCCAUUGUCAUGUUCAAAAACGCCGACGACACCUUAAAGUGAGUGGCUCAGGGCUGGGCUCACCUCCGGCCCAAGCUGGGCCUCCCUCCGCAGCUGAUGCUUCCUUUCCGACUUGAGUUCCUCAUAUCCCACCCAUACCCCCGCCACCCUCUACGUCUUACCAGGGGUGGUCCUCCUUCUCUCCGGGGCUGCUUCCUACAAGGUACGUGGGAGUCCUAGCCCCUGAGUCCUGGGGCUCAUCCGCCACCAGGCACACCAGUGAGGGUGUGACUGGGCUGGGGGAACAUUACCGGUGCAGUAGAUUGGAGGGGCCCUGCCUCCGGCUGACUGAUGUGAUCACCAAAGGGUCUUUUUCUUAGCGAUUAAGGACAGUCUGGUAGAACGUCAGUCCUCUGGUCAGAGGCUCAUUUCUCUUGGGCCUCUCUCCGUGCUUUUCUUUCCUUGGCUCUGACCAAGAAGUGACCCAGCCACAAACAUAUGUACUCAUUCCGCUGUCUGGUUUCCUGGGCAGGACCCUCAGACAUAGCCCACACAGACCCCACUGGCUCUUCCCCUUUAGAUGGGUGGGCUUCGGAAACAGGUUGUCAUAGGAUCCACUGGGAGUCUCUGGCUGCAUUUCUCCCUUUUGCUCAGAAGUGGGGGAUUCCAAGCCAGGAUGCCUUCCUAAGCAUGCCCUGUUCUGGAUCAGCUGGCAUUUUAGUGGCCCACGCCAAGCCCUGUUUCCAGCAGAGCGAGUGGUUAGAGCCUGUUUUACCCAUGCAGAAAGGGUUAAGGCCCCACAUAUGUUCCCCACAUACCCUUCCCCAGACCCCAAGGGUAUGUCAGACAGUCUCGGGUCUUUGGCCAGAGGGGCAGCUCCAGCAGGCAUCAUGGUCCCUGAAGCCGGGCAUAGCAUCCUUCCCUGCAGCCAGGGAUCUCAGCCAAGUUAUUGCCCACGCCUGCCAGGCCUCCUGCCAUGGGAAUGUGCCGCUCUGACUAGCACACAUACCUCACAACAUCACUUUCGACCUGUCCGGUAAAUGUCUUGCUUUUAAGGAGUCUUACAAAACCCACUUGAAGUUGGGAGUUGGGAAGGUGGACUCUUCUAUCUUUGAAUUCUCUGUGUCCUGUAAGCCUUUCUUACUACUCUCCAUCCGUCUUGCACUGCCAGCCAGGUGCCUCCCGGGGCUCUGGGACUUUCACCUUUCUGUCCAAGUGGGGGCCUACCCUCCACUGAGCCACUGCCAAACCAGACAGGGUGGGGAAGAGGCAGAGGGCCCGGCAGCAGCUGGCCCCACAGGAGGUGAGGAGCAGCUGCCAGGCUUCCGUGGCCCCAGGUGCUGCGAGGGGCCUGCAGGGUGCGGAGCCAGGCCCCUUCCCUCAGUCACAUGGUGUGUGUGUGUCCCCGAGGGCACCCUCAGAAGUGUUUGACAGGUGCAUCUGUGAGGCUCAGUGUUGGGAAAAUGUCAAGGGCUAUUGUUAAAAUAUGAAGCUUUAUCUUCCCCGUAAAAGUGGGACACCCAAAGCUCUGUUGAUUUCCUGCCGCAUCCCGGUAGGUGACCCUCUCUCACACGGGCCCAGACAGCUCUGCAGGGGCAGCCAUUCAGCCACCCCGCUCGUCUCCCAUGGGACUUCCGAUGUUCCUUCCCAUUCGGCCCUUAAAGGCAGCUCUGAGCACGACCUUCGUGGGAAGAAAGUGGGCAGGCCCUGCCUCCGGCUGAGGCUCGGGUUUACAGAGGUUGCAUUGCUGCCCCCUUGGCCAAGAGUCAGGAGGAGCCAGUCUGAGCCUCUCUCCCUUGGUUCGCUUGGGUGGUGGCAAAACUCACCAGCUCCUUGGCCUGGUCCGCUCCUCUUUGAAACUGAGGAGAGACUGGCUUUGUGGUGUGAGGAGAGGGCAGCAAGGACGCACAGCUGCGGGACCUCACCACUCCCGAGGAGCAGGGCUGGGACAGCUGUGCCACACGGUUCUGCCAGCCACACUUCUAGCACUUGCCUAUGGGAAAGGCAGGCCGGACUCACAAAGGGCCUUGAGAAAAGGGCCCCCAGGCCUCCAAACUUGGAGACCUCAGCACUUCCUGCACCAAUGUCAAACUCUUUGGAAAGAAACCAGAAACAUGGGGAAAGCAGUCUGCCCUUCUGCCCCUUCACCCGCAUCCUGUCCCCAGAUGAGAUCUUCCCAUGUUGACGGGGGUGCACGUGGAGGUAGGGAGUUGGUGCCACUGCCCUGCUUUCGGCAGCAGACACCGCUUACACUUUGGCCUGGGGUAGCUCCGCCCAACCCUGGCUUAGAUCGGUGAGGACCUUUCUGUUUAAUUUCUGAAGCAGAGAGAAUGAUCCCAGAGUUUGAAAAUGAAGCCUGUUUGCACUUUCAUUCACAUGCACUUUGGUGGAAUUGUUUUUGUACUUUUCGUGUGUGGGUGCGCGCACGUGCGUGGACGUGCAUAUGUGUCUUUAAGAGAAUCUCUGGCUUAAGAUAAAGUGACUCUUGACUCUUACGGGAGAAAAAUUUACAAACUGGUGUUUUGUCAGUGUAUUGAAACAACAUAAAUAAACAACAUCUGGAUGAUAUGUAGUCAGAAUCUGUUUCUAUUUUCAUGGUAAAACAUCCAGAAAACACAAAACGAAUAGCAAUAG